AUGCACUCUACCAUGUCCGCAUCACACCCCAGCCCCGUCAAAGACGGUAGGCGAGUGCUCGGGGAGAAGCACGCCAACGCGUGCCUGUCACCCGCCCACCAUCGGCACGCUUCUGUCUCGCCCCUCAAACAACAACGCUCUCUCCUUGAGACCUCCUCCUCUCCUAAGAAGCUCCUUCCUUCGCCUCUCUUUGCGGGCCAGAAACGUUCUAUCGACCAGGUGGACAGCACCAGCGAACCCCAGAUCAGCCAUGCCAGCGCGCAGCCCCAGUCGCGGCCAGAAGCAUCUCCGAACGUGCAGCAUGACGUUCAGCAGGACCCUCAGCCACACGCGACGCCAGAGACACCAACACAACUUCUAGAAUCACAACAACACCAGCCACAAGAAGAUACCCACUCCGACCAAACAACAACACCGACAACGACAACAACGCCCCUCAUCCCCGAAGAUCCAGCAACGCGCAAACGCUUCAUCCAAGAGAAAGCGACCCUCCUCCGCACGCGCCUCCAAACUGCUAUGCGUCACAUCCAAGACCCCCAACUCGACCGCCGUCUCUCCGACCUUGAAGCUCACAGUCGCAAAUACCCUCGUCUAUCUCUUCCCCAAGAACAACGAAUUAACAUCACUACGCCGACUUCUUCCACAUCCUCGUCCUCCCAAAACCAAAACCAGACCACCCCGCGCCCUUACCAACCUUCUACACAGCUCCCGCUGCACGAACCCGAGACCCAGAACGCGUCCGGCCUCUCCUCCCCACCCCUAUCCACCGGAACGAUCGCAACACAGAAGGAACAAGAACAAGAAACACAAACACCCACCCAAAGAGCAGACGAUGACGAUAAUGACGACGAUCCGAUGAGAACACCCACCCAGAAAUCAACAACCCACCACAAUCAUACCCACCGGAGAACAAACACCCUCGGCUCCCCAAUGCAGCUGAGUAGUCCUCCGGCGACGGUGUCGAGGUGCAGAAGUACAGAUAUUGGCAAGGAUAUGGACAUGGGAGACGAAGAGGAGCCGCAAGAGAGACAGCGCCGGUUAUCGCAAAAGGGAGAUGCCGUGGACGGGCUGUUGAAGUUGAUGGGGACGGGGGAGAGUGUUGCUAGUGGAACUGGAACUGGGAUCGCGUGA